AUGUGGAUUGCUCCAGCAGUAUGCUACGUCUUAAUCUUGCUUCUUUCCCUACUAGGGAUAAGAUAUCACAUUAACAUCUUCAAAUACCCGGUAUACUUGACCUUGCCGUUGACAUUGGGUAUAUACAUUCCGUUGUCCAUUAUAUUCACGCUCCCCUUAGACUACGUUUCCCACAAUACCCAACUGACCCAGGAAAUAACCUGGUUUGGCUUGCCCGAUACUGUUAUUUUGUACAUUUGGAAAUCGAACUACUGGAUAACUUUCCUUCUCACAUGGAUAAUAUUACCGAUGUUGUUGGAGUUUUAUCGGUCGGGCCAUCACAACACAUAUAGUAAACUUAAAGAUGCAGUUAGGGAGAACUUGAAGUUCCAGGUUAUCAUGCUUUCGGUUUCAUUGGUUGGUCUUAUUUAUUUGUUGAUUGAGGUUGGACUCAAUUUGAAUCAUUUGAAAUUGAUGAUUAUUGCUAUUUCGCAUGUAUAUUCCUUGAUAUUAGCCACUUGGCUAAUGGGACACGGGUUGAUUAGUCUACCUCGCAAUAAAUGGAUCCAGGGAUCGGUGGUCAAGGAUUUGAAUCACCAUUACCUCAAGCUCCCCAAACUCGUUGACGAAUUAGAAGACACAAAGAUUUCUUUUAGAGAAGAUGUGUUGAAAGUGAUUGUUUUGAAACAAAAUUACACUAGUGAAUCAAUUGAGGAUUUCAAAUACCGUGAUUGGAUCUUAAAUUUGUACGAUUCGGUGCCUGGAGAGAUUAGAGAACAAGUGGAGAAACAAUACUUACACGAUAAUACCAUUAUAGAUCGCGACCAAUUGAAUGACCAGUUUAUGACAAAGUUGAAUUCCCUGUUUAAUCUGAAUUUGAAUAGACUUAUUGGAUACCAAUCCGAGUUUAACAGGAUGAUUUCAAAAGUGCUAAGGUUGGAAGAUGUAUUGAGUUCUGUUUCAUCGAGGGAAUUGGUAUUUCGAGUAGACAACCAUCGCGUUUUAUGGAGUCCCAAAUUUAACUUUAUUUACUGGUACUAUAUCAGGCCUAUAUCAAACAAAAUAGGAUCGGCAGUAUUGGGAUUGGCGUCACUUGUGAUCUUGCAGUCUGAGUUUUUCCAUUCCACAAAACUUUCAUUGAUGAAUGCAUUUGUCUAUUCGACCGACAUCCACAACCAUUCGUUUUUGCAAUUUGCAAUCUCUUGCAUUACAUUUUCGUACAUGUUAUUUGCCGCGUUGAACUCGUUGACGCAGUUGAAAAUUUUCAACAUGUAUCACUUGGUUCCCCGGAAUUCCGAUCCUGUCCUGGCUUGCUGGUAUGCCAUGUAUAUUGCCAGAUUGACAAUCCCGUUGAGUUAUAACUUUAUAACCUUGUUUGUCAGUCGAGAGUCUAUAUUCGAGACUUGGUAUGGUCAGUCUGUACACUUAACUGGCUUGUUCAACUUGUUGAACAAUUGGAUUCCGAGGUUAAUUUUAGUUCCCGUCUUGUUGGCCAUGUUUCAUGUCUAUGACAAAGUCAAGAAAAGACUAGGGUUUGGUGAUCUGUAUGACUCGUGGAUUUUAUUCGAUGAGGACGCUGAGCAAGAUAAUGAUGAUGUAAAUAAGCGAUCAGACUUGAUAAUUGUUGAGGCUAAGCGAAUAGUAGCAAGAGAAAUGUCACGUCGACAAAUGCAAUUACGUCCUUUCCAUUUGACUAAUAGUACUGACAACGUUAGCACUCUAAACCCCGCAGAUGCCAAUUACGAGAGACGAAGAAGGGAGUUCAAUGAUUCACUAGCUAAUCGGAUAGACAAUUCACCGGACGAAGAGCCCGUUUAUUACGAUGGUACGUUGAAUGCGCCCCAGGGUGGUGGCAUAUGGGGAAGAAUCAGCAACACUUUUGGUGGGUUUUUUGAUCGAAGCAAUGGAAACAGAACUCUGCAAAGGCCGUACAGAGAUGAACCGUUAGAUGAUUUCGACUACGACCAUGAUGCUAAUGAGAACUUGGUGUUGUAG